CUUCCCACACACCUGCGUUACAUAACCACUAAAGGACAUAGGAUAAUUUCUUCAUGGAUUUUGACAACGCUAAAGCACAAGCCAGGUCCAUCCUCGGACCUACGAAGGAUGCUGAGUUCCUUCAGAGCUUCGUCCGAGUCGGUAUAGGCGAUGAGGAAGAAGAAACACCCGUGCAAAAAGCCUCAAUCAGCAAGAGAGCACCACAUUCUGCUGAACCAGAGGUCGAGGAUGAGAAACAGGCUACCAAGGAGAGAAAGGAGUCAGUUAAGCCGAAGAAGAAAUGGAAGAGAAAACCAAAACGCGAAAGGAGACGACGCGAAGAGGAAUUGUAUACGGACAAGGAUCGAGCUGCUGCAGUAGUGAUGGGCUCGAAGGACAUCAAGCAGUCUUUGAACUUGAAGGAUAAAGCAGAACGUAGUAGCGCUCUGCAGCUACCUGUUGAAGCCGAUGCCGGCACGCUGCUGGCACUCGCUAGGGCUGAGAUGAUGAGGGAGCGUUACCGUACCGCUGUGUUGUUCGUCAAUAAGGCUAUUGAACUAGCUCCUGACGAGAAAGCAGCAUAUGUUGCUCGCAGUAAAUGCUACCUCCUCCUUGGAGAACCUCGCUCAGCACUGUUAGAUGCUGAAGCAGCUCUUAAACUAGACCCUAAGGAUGCUAAAGCCCUACUCCGGAAAGCAGAGGCUCUUUAUUACUGUGGAGAGUUCGAAAUGAGUCUCGUGCACUACCACCGAGGUUUGAGAGCCAGGCCUGACUUGAAUGACUUCAGACUUGGCGUCCAAAAAGCACAGGAAGCCAUUGAAAAUACCAUUGGAGCGGUGAAAGUGGUGAAGAAAGCUCCGAAGAAGAGAUCAAAAUCUGCGAGGCCAGUGCUGGGACAGCUGAACUCCGACAAGAUCUAUCUUGAGAACUUGUUGAAGAACCCUGACUUGGCCAUUGCAGACAAAAAGAACGACGUGGUGAUGAGGCAGGCUGAGGAAGCCAUCAGGUUCUUAGAGAAUCGCGAGGAGUUCUGGAGACAGCAACAAACCACUACUAUCAGUAUUGAGUAAUACAACGGUGGAUUAAUGCAUGACCAGAUUAUCUAUUCAUUUGCUA